GUCUUAAUCUGUUCAAACCCACCAAUGAGCUCUGACAAUGGCAAACCCCGACAGAGAGUCUACCGGACACGGACCAAGUCAGGGUGUACCACAUGCAAGCGCGUCAAAUGCGACGAAACCCGUCCAAGCUGCCGGAGAUGCACUUCCACAGGCCGCAAAUGCGACGGCUAUGCGACCAACCUCACCUCUACUCUUACAACCACCAUCCUUCCACGUCCGUCCCAUACCCUCACUGGCUUCCGCUAUGCCACAGGGGCCCGUGAUAUCCGAUCAUUCCAGUUCUUCUACGAAAAGACCGUCUUCUCUCUAGCCGGCUACUGUGGCUCAGAAUUAUGGAGUCGGUCAGUCUUGCAAGUCAGUCAGAAGGAGAAGCCAGUAUGGCAUGCCCUAGUCGCCUUGGGUGCACUGCACGAGAACUUCGAGAAUGGUCAGCAAAUCCCAGGGCCCUGGUUCAGCCGAAAAAGCCAUGAUACCUUUGCCUUGCAACAAUACUUAGCGGCCAUCCGGGCUCUUUUGCGUCCGUCCGAGGAUUCAGGUAGUCCAUCGUCCACGCAUGUGAUCAGUAGUCAUGGCGCGACGCUCUCGGUGGACGUGUGUCUUAUAUCAUGCGUGCUAUUUGUCUGCUACGAGAUUAUGUCCGCCCACUACGUCGCAGCCCUCAGCCACAUCAGAAGCGGCAUGAAGAUCCUGGGCGAAGUUGCCUACGACGCAAGCACAGGAACAUACCACCAUCCCCUGCUCAGACCAUCCACGGUACCGAAUCUCGAGAUCGAUGAAAUACGCAAACUUCUCAUCCGCCUACAGAUCCAAGUAUAUGCCCUGACCCGAUCAAUCGAAGACAGUCCAGCCUACAGCACAGCCCAACUAAGAUGCACAUCCAACGACAUCAUCGAAAUCCCCUCAACCUUCACCUCCCUCUCCCAAGCCCGCAACAUCUACGAACACUACAGCAGCACAUACCGACACGACUACCACACCCUCAUCGACACCCAACCCUCAACACCAUCAUCAUCGCCAUCGCCAUCACCAUCACCAACAACAAUCCCAUCCCUCGCCCCCCUAAUCCACCACUACGCCACCAUCCUAACCAAAUGGUCCACCGCGCUCGACCACUUCGAACAAACCCGCGGCUCCACCCUCACAACCAAGGAACAAAUCGGUCUCAAAAUCCUCCAAAUCCACCGUCUCGAAUACACCAUGAUGCUCGAACAAUACAACUCGGGCUCCUCCGACUCCACAAUCUGGGAUAGAUUCAACCCUAUUUUCAAACAAAUCAUCUCGUUAUCGAAAUCCGUCGUGCAGAUGUCCAGCCCAUCAUCAUCAUCAUUAUCAUCACCCACCACCACAUUAAAUCCCACCUUCUCCCUCGACCUCGGCAUCAUCGCCCCCCUCUACACAACCGCCACGUUAUGUCGCGACCCCCUCACCCGGCGCGAAGCCGUCGAGCUUCUCCGCUCCUGUUCCCGGCAGGAAGGCGUCUUCAGUAGCCAAUUAUGUGCCAUCAUGGCGGAGAAGGUCAUCGCGCUGGAAGAGCAUGUUGCGCUUGCAGCCGGGGACGUGGACUAUGCGAGGGAUUCUGCGGCACUUACAGGGAUGGUCUUGAGGGAUGGCAAUGAGUUGCAGUAUCGGGAGGCGGUCAUUACGAGGUGUUGGGAGGUGCCGGAGAAGGCGAGGCUCACGUAUGCGUAUCCGGAGUUUGAUCUGGUCGGCAAGAGGGUUUGUUUGACUAUUGGGCAGGAUGAUAGGGUGCAUGUGAAUAUUCCGUGGUGGCCCGGGGGUGUGGUGGUUUUUGAGGGUGAGGAGGGGUGA